AUGAGGGAGAAGACAAAGGAGGAGGCAGUGAAGAAUUUCGAGAAGAAGAAGUUUUCUUCACCAAAAGGAGUUGGGAAGUUUCUGAACAAGAAGAAAGGAAAGCUCUACAUUAUUGGAAAAUGUAUUACUAUGCUCCUUUGUGCACACGAGUGA